GUGAGGCACAGAAAGGGGAAACUAUUACUGUACAUGUAUGGGAGGGACAGACACAGCAGUGUAGCAGAGAUAGAGAAAUACUAGAGUAACAUUAGUAUUGUGUGUGAUAAACAGAACUGCACGCUAGAGAUAGAGGAAAAGAGAGUGAGAGACAGAGAGAGACACAACAGUUUAGCACAGAGAGACAAACACAGCAGUGUAGAGGAAGACAGAGAGGGGAAAGACACAGGUGUAUCAGAUACACACAGGUGAUAGAGAGAGAUUUAGACAGACCUACAGGUGAGAGAGACUCAGACCUACAGGUGAGUUAGUGGGACUCAGAAAGACCUACAGGUGAGAGAGAGACUCAGAAAGACCUACAGGUGAGAGAGAGAGACUCAGACCUACAGGUGAGAGAGUGAGACUCAGACGGAAGGAAAGAGAAAGGUAACUGACUUGCAGGUGGAAGAGACGUGUAUAGAGCCAGCAUGUUUGGAAUGAUAAAGAAUUCGCUCUUUGGAGGACAUGAGGUCAUUAAUGGGAAACUUAUUCUCAAAGGAGAGAAGGAUGGUGUAAGUUAUGAAGAGAGAGAAUAUGAAGGAGGGAAAUUUGCCACCGUAGAAGUGUCUGGAAAACCUUUUGAUGAAGCCUCUAAAGAAGCUGUUCUAUUGCUAUUAAAAUAUGUGGGGGGUGCUAACCAGAAAGGAGCUGGUAUGGGCAUGACUGCGCCCGUAUCCAUGAUCAGCUUCCCUACAGAGGACGACAAUUUACAGCCUAAAGUGAAAGUAAUUCUGCGAAUUCCCAGUCAGUUCCAAGCUGAUCCUCCAACCCCUACAGAAAGCAACAUCCACAUUGAAGACAGAGAUGCCCUUGCAGUGUACUCAACGCAGUUUGGAGGAUUCGCUAAAGAGACAGAUUACGUAUCUCACGCCAGUAAGCUGCGUUCUGCCCUUGGACCAGAUGCUUCCUACCAUACAGAUUUCUAUAUGUGCAACGGCUAUGACCCACCAAUGAAGCCCUAUGGACGACGUAAUGAAGUCUGGCUUGUGAAGAAAUGACACCAAGGGUGAUUUGGCUGCAAUUCAUAAAGUAUCAGAGAUAUGUUAAUCAGGACUACUUCUCUAAUACCCCAAAUUGGGUCCUAUUGACCCCUCACUGACGGGAGAGGAUAAAAGGGGUAUUACUGGAGUUUCUACAUAAUAAAAUUUCCAUUCUGUGUACUGGGUAGAAUUAUUCUCUCCUCUUUUGCAUUAUAUUAAUAAUAAUUAUCAGUGGCACUCGCUAACAAUGUGACCUCUGUGCACAUCAGAAUUGGUCUGUCUGUAUAGUUCAGAUAAAUUGUGGAGGGUAACUGGAGGAAUAAAUUGGUCACCUUACUUUUUGGUAAAAGUAAAAGGACCUAUUAAAUCUCAGGCGCUCAUUCCUGUAUAUGCAAAUUGUAUAUUGACCAGCUAACUGUUCACUAAUGUUUCAAUAAAGCUCUUUUGAGAAAAAAAAAAAAGUAAAAGGACCUAUAAA